CGUUACAGUUUCUUCACUGCUCCAAUUGUUUUGGCUGGUCUUUUGUUAGCUAGCGUCCGGUUGGACAGCACUGAACAUGUAUAUGUUAACAUAGGUGUAGUUUUUUUUUAAAAACCCUUUGUUUGCACGGUUAACCGCUGUCUAGACAAAUAUAUCGGACAUCUGUGUGCAAAUAUAUGUGUAGCCCACAACGUUUUAUAUUAAAAUUGCGAGCUGCACUUUAAGAGGGACACCUCGAGAAGGUUGUUUACAAGCCUGCAAGUGAGUUGCCAGCAAACAAGACAAAGUUGGUUCCUGUUAUUGUGAGCGUUUUCUCACCACAUGUCUCAAGAUAAUGGCAUUUAGUAACAUAAUGCAUAAGUCAUCUUUCUAAAGUUUAAUUUAAUGCCGUGCAAUUUAGCAUCAGCAGCGACACAGCUUUGAAAUUACAUCUGUAUAACGUUUGUGUUGGAUAUUUGAAAGUUAGAUACAUGCUUUUCUUUGCUAUUAUGCAUGCCUUUAUAAGUGAUUUAUGUUGUCUUUAAAAUUGCUAGUAAAUUGUUCAGAAACGCUGUAACUGACUGUAAACAAUGUUGUUGUUUUUUCUCCAGCAAUUCAGUUAAUUCCUCCUGUGGCCAACAUGAACAUCUGUUUUGUCCUGUGUCAUGCUCUUGUGCUUUUAAUGUUCAUCUAAUGGGUCUUGAAAUUAUUCUCAACAUUUUAGAUGCUUUUUGGUCACAUUUGUUAAGGAUUUUUAAAGAAAAAUGGAUUAACACAUAAGAACAAUCAAGCAUGGACCGUUUAAUGAAGGAAUAUGGUAUCAAGUUUCCGUGUCUCAGAGCUCCAGGUACUUUUAGGUUUUGCUGGAAGGAAUAAGAGCGGUCGCAAGCAUGAACUUUUGCUGAGGGCUCUGCAUUUACUGAGGAGUGGCUGUAGUCCUGCUGUGCAGAUCAAAAUAAAGGAACUGUAUCGUCGGAGAUACCCAAGAACAUUUGAAGGUCUUUCAGAUUUGACGGCUCUCAAGUCAAGCAUCAAGUCUUACUUUCACAUAGUCGGUGGUGCCACGGUUGUGAGCUCAGAUCUUCCUCUGCAAACCAGCCAUUCGGACCUGGUGCAGCAGCACCUGUCGAGCUGUGAGUCACCUGUUUUUCAUGAAUCAAAGCCCAUGAUGAAUAUGCAGCAGCCCACGCCACUUAUGGCUCCCGUCCACCCGGACGUGCAGAUGAAAUCCCUCCCUUUUUACGAUGUGCUGGACGUCUUGAUCAAACCAUCAAGUUUAGGGGCCAGUACUGUUCAGCGGUUUCACCAGGAGAAAUACUUUAUAUUUGCUUUGACUCCACAACAAGUGAGAGAAGUUUGUAUUUCUCGGGAUUUUCUUCCAGGUGGCAGAAGAGACUACAUGGUUCAAAUUCAACUACGGUUUUGUCUAGCGGAGACCAGCUGUCCACAAGAGGACAAUUAUCCAAACAGCCUGUGCAUUAAAGUCAAUGGGAAGCUCUUUCCUCUCCCUGGCUAUGCACCACCUCCUAAAAAUGGUGUGGAGCAAAAAAGACCAGGCAGACCACUGAACAUCACUUCUCUGGUUAGGUUGUCAUCCGCUGUACCAAAUCAGAUAUCAGUCACAUGGGCACCUGAAAUAGGAAAAACAUACUCCAUGUCUGUUUACUUGGUAAGGCAGCUGACCUCCCCACUGUUACUGCAGAGAUUAAGAAUGAAGGGGAUCAGAAACCCUGACCACUCCAGAGCAUUAAUUAAAGAAAAACUCACAGCAGACCCUGACAGCGAAAUUGCUACAACCAGUUUACGAGUCUCACUUAUGUGCCCUCUUGGUAAGAUGCGCCUUACAGUACCCUGCCGAGCUGUCACCUGUUCUCACCUGCAGUGCUUUGAUGCUGCUCUCUACCUGCAAAUGAAUGAGAAGAAGCCCACCUGGAUCUGUCCCGUCUGUGACAAAAAGGCCACAUACGAGAGUCUGAUCAUAGAUGGGCUUUUCAUGGAAAUACUCAAUGACUGCACAGAUGUAGAUGAAAUCAAAUUUCAAGAGGAUGGGACAUGGUGUCCAAUGAGACCAAAGAAGGAGGCUUUGAAAGUGUCAUCUUCAUGUAUCCCAAAAAUUGAUUGUGCUGUCCCAGUGCGACAGAGUGCCAUGGUGCCACUCCCAGAACCCAGCAGUACAAAAAAAGCAGACGUGAUCGAUCUGACGCUAGAGAGCUCGUCUGAUGAUGACGAGGAGUGUGAUCCACCUCUGAAAAAGCGCUGUGUCUACAUGUCAAAAGCUGAGGAGAUGCACAGCAAAGGGGUUUUGACUUAUCAGCCAUCAACUGUUCGAGUGCCAAAUGUCCAGGCGCUGGACACCUCAUACCUGACCUCCUCCAUAGCAGACUACUCUGUUCCAUUCCACCAUUCAACCUUAUCCACUAUUCCCACAGAUAUGCAAAGUCUUGAUUUAUUUUCGCUGAUUCAAGGGGACCCACAGCAGCAUUACAGAGCCCCCAUAUUUUUAGACAACCUCUCUAGCAGUCUUCAGAGUGCCACCACCAGCACUGGCCUUGUAUCCUCAUCAGCUCAGUAUACAAUAGAGACGGGAACCCAUAGCAGCAGCUCUAGUCACGAGACAGGUGUCAUCACUGGAGGAUCUUCAGGCCUCUCAGACAUUAUCUCACUAGACUGAAUCAUGGUUCAUCUUUGUUGGCCAGAAUUACGCCAGUCACUAAACCAACGACGAAUCAAAUUAGCUAAGCUAAAAGAAAAAUGUGAUGGACUAUGGAAUUCAAGAAUCGUAUUUUGACAAGGAACUAGGAGGACUGCAAUGAAGCAAGAUCUUGUGGCUUGGUCAGCAAAUGCACCACUGACUCGAGCUAUUUUUUCUUCAAAUUAGGGUAACUUAAGUUACACUUAAUUACUCAUCCAUUAGCUUUUUGAUUUGAGGAGCAGAGCAAAACAGACUGAAAAACGAGUGGACUGAAAAUGUCAGACACAUCAAACCGUCAGCGGUUCUGCGGUUGAAACGAAAAAGGAAUUUCAGCGGCAGCUCAAAUUGUUGUCCUUAACAAUUUCAGCAGUGCAAUUAUUAAUAUUUUUGUUACAAUUUCAGACUUCAGUUGCAGCAAUAAAAACUCUUUGUUGUAUAUUGUAAAAUGUUUACUCGUCUGAUAUCAAGACAAAUGUCAGAUUGCAACAGUUUUGUCUGUUUUUUAAGAUUGUGGUUUUAAAUUGUGAUUUAAUUAUUUUAUCAAAGGUAAUCGGAUUCCUGAUUGCUGAUGCAGUAAAUCAAUUUUGAAUCUGUAA